AUGGAGGACAAGCUGGACGCCGUCCGUGACGUCAUAAGCCACAUGAUGCACGCGAUUAUCCUCUACGACGACGUGCAGGAUGGCACCCUGUACCGGCGUAACCUGCCCGCCGCUAACAGGGUGUUCGGCGCGCCGCUCGCACUCAACGCCGCCAUAUUCUGUAUACUGGAGGGAUUCAGAAAAGUAAUAAGCUUUGAAAAUCCAAAGAAAAACCUGCUUCCUUACAAUUACAUAAAGAAAGCCACGAGUAACAAACAUCUGUUGACACACCUGCCCGACACCUUCAAUUUUUGGCUGAAGAUUCCCCAGGACAAGCUUGACGCGGUCAAUGACGUCAUGGACUACGUGUUACAUUCUAUUGUUCUCUACGACGACGUGCAGGACGGCACCCUAUGCCGGCGCAACCUGCCCGCCGCCAACAGGAUGUUCGGCGCGCCGCUCGCACUCAACGCCGCCAUAUUCUGUAUACUGGAGGGAUUCAAGAAAGUUAGGAGCUUUGAAAAUCCAAAGGCCAUUGAGGUAUAUUGUAAUAACUUUAUCAGAAUUAUGAAUGGAACGGCACAGGACAUAUACUGGAGGGACAACUACCUCUGCCCUACUGAGGAGGAAUACAAGAUGAUGUCUGCAGACAAAAUUGGAUCCUACUUUCUACAGCAAUUCGAUCUGAUGCAGACAUUCAGUCAAGAUCAGCGAAAUUAUGACGACCUGAUGAUCACUCUGGGCUUGUACUACCAAAUACGAGACGAGUAUACCAACCUCGUUAAAGUUGAGGAUUUACACAAGUUUAUGCAAUGCGAGGACAUCACGGAAGGCAGGUUCACCUGGACCAUGAUCCACGCCCUGAAAUCAAGUGAAGCACCAACCAUUAGAAGUAUUCUAGUUCAGCGCACCAGUGACAGUAUAAUCAAGCAGCACUGUCUCUCCCUGCUGGAGAAGGUCGGCAGUUUGGACUACACCAGACGGACUCUACACGACCUCGACGCUGACUUGAGAGAACAGCACUGUCUCUCCCUGCUGGAGAAGGACGGCAGUUUGGACUACACCAGACGGACUCUACACGACCUCUACGCUGACUUGAGAGAACAGGUUCGGCAGUUAGGCGGUAAUCCAGUUAUGAUAGCGUUCUUGGAUGAGCUCUACAACUGGAAUCAUUAA